AUGUCCCAAAACAACACAGGCCGCUAUCCAAACAGCAAGAUACGGAGAAACAACCCAGUUGCAAUUAAGUCUAGCAUUGUGGUAGGGACUACCAGUAAUGUCGGAAAACCUCCUAUCAAUGUGGGAAUGACGCGGCAUGGACGCCCUCAGCCCAGUAACGUGGGUAGGAAGGUCUGCGUGCCCAGUAACUUGGGGACAAUCAACGAAACGAGUACAGACUUCCGUUCUACGCCUCCCAAAUCAGGCGGUUUGGAUGAGGGUCCAGACGAGGAAUAUUGGGGUGACAAAUGCACCAGCUCCUCAGGUGCACCCCGAUCUGAAUUACACGAUCAACAAUACUUGGCCAACUCGAUGAAAAAGCUCGCCACUAAUUCCGCUCCAAAAGCAGAGCCAACCGAGAGUAGAUGGAAGGGUCCUCGGCCCUCAAGCGUUGGAAGCUAUUGGACGGAAAGAACUCAACGCGCUAAAGUUCCGCCUGCCAUGGAAAUCGCGGACAACCGUGACUAUCACACAUUUCCUAAAUACGAAUUCAAGAUAGGGAUGAUCUUUCGCGCCCCUAUCCAUGAGGAGGAUUACAUGGGGGCUACUGCAGCUGCGUGUUCGGCUCCUUCCCAACUUUCCAUUGCUGCUUCAGAUAUGUCCACCCCAAGCGGUUUUGCGAAGAAUCACCAGCAGAUGACGGACUUCGGACCGGUCUAUUCCGAGAACAGAUUCAUGGUCGUUGUUGUCUUGGGGACUGAUACUUACAUGGCGCUGCCUUUCUACACACACGCUGGAACCGGUACCGCAUACAAGCAAGCAAAAGACGAAUACGUAUCCGUCCAAGACCACCGGGAGCCCGAAAAAUGCAUUCGACAGGGCAGAGUCGAUGUGGUACGUACCCUUGUGCUGAAAGAGCAUGUCAAAACCUUGCACGAGUUCACUACAGCUCAUCUAGGAAAUCCAGUCUCCCGAAAGUACAGGUUACCUAUUGCGCACCAAGGCAGGUUGACCGACGAAGAUACCGAGAGCUUGGUGUCCUUGUUCAAAACAUGGAUCAUGGAGCAUUGA